GUACACAGCCACAAGCCCUGGCAGUCCCAGUCUGGUGGGAUCGGUGCUGUCUUGUGGACCGGGAUCCGUAUGUCUUGAGGUUAUUAGGGUCCCCCCCGCCCCGGAGUGUGGGCUCUCAGCGAUGACUGCGGGGACAGCCCUCAGGGCUCUGGCUGUGCUGCUGCUGUUACUGCUGUGUUGGACCGGACUGAUCUCUGCAGCCAGUGAUCAGAGCUGUGGUGGAUUAGUACAAGGACCAAAUGGCACAAUUGAAAGCCCUGGAUUUCCUCAUGGAUACCCGAAUUAUGCAAACUGUACCUGGAUUAUCAUUACUGGAGAACGGAAUAGGAUACAGCUGGUAUUUCAGAUCUUUGCUUUGGAAGAAGACUUUGACAUGAUCACCAUCUACGAUGGUCAACCCCAACAGGGCAAUUUAAAAAUGAGGGUAACUGGCUUUCAACUCCCAUCACCAAUUGUCAGCACAGGCUCAAUCCUGACCCUCUGGUUCACCACGGAUUUUGCUGUCAGUGCUCAGGGAUUCAAGGCUGCUUAUGAAGUGCUGCCCAGCCAUACUUGUGGCAAUCCAGGCAUAAUACCAAAAGGAGUUCUACAUGGGACAAGGUUCACUAUUGGAGAUAAAAUCCGUUACAGCUGUUUCACAGGCUACAUCCUGGAAGGACAUGCCAUAUUGACGUGCAUUCUUAGUCCAGGAAAUGGAGCUUCAUGGGACUUUCCACCUCCUUUCUGCAGAGCUGAAGGAGGUUGCGGUGGAACUCUGCAAGGGACCAGCGGAGCGAUUUCCAGCCCCCACUUUCCGUCAGAGUAUGACAACAAUGCUGACUGCACGUGGACUAUCCUGGCCGAGCCUGGCGACACCAUCGCGCUUAUCUUCACCGAUUUUCAGCUUGAAGACGGAUAUGAUAUGUUGGAGAUCAGCGGAACUGAAGCACCAACAAUAUGGUUGACUGGUUUGAAUCUGCCUUCCCCAGUCAUUAGCAAUAAGAACUGGCUGCGCCUGCAUUUCACAUCAGACAGCAAUCACCGGCGCAAAGGAUUUAACGCACAGUAUCAAGUGAAAAAGGCCAUUGAGCUGAAGUCGAGAGGAGUAAAAAUGCUUCCCAGCAAGGACAGCAGCCACAAGAACUCUGUGUUGACUCAAGGAGGAGUGGCUCGAGAGCCUGACAUGUGCCCUGACCCAGGAGUUCCAGAGAAUGGUAAACGCACAGGAUCUGACAUUAGGGUGGGAGCCAGUCUACAAUUCUCAUGUGAUGACAGCUAUGUUCUUCAAGGGUCCAAGAGCAUCACUUGUCAGAAAGUGACUGACACAUUGGCUGCUUGGAGUGACCACAGGCCAUUCUGUCGAGCCAGAACGUGUGGCUCGAAUCUCCGAGGUCCAAGUGGAAUCAUCACAUCACCCAACUACCCUGUCCAGUAUGAGAACAACGCCCACUGUGUCUGGGUUAUUACCACAACAGACCCUGAGAAGAUCAUCAAGCUCCGUUUCGAAGAGUUUGACUUGGAAAGAGGUUACGAUACUUUGACUGUGGGCGACGGAGGAAAAGUAGGAGAUACCAGGACCGUUUUGUAUGCUCUUACAGGUUCAAGUGUCCCUGACUUGGUUGUUAGCAUGAGCAAUCAGAUGUGGCUGCACUUACAGUCUGAUGAAACCAUAGGCUCUCUGGGAUUCAAAGCUCUCUACCAAGAGAUUGAAAAGGGAAGUUGUGGUGAUCCCGGUAUUCCUGUGUACGGCAAGAGAAGAGGCACCAGUUUUCUGCAUGGAGACACGUUGACAUUUGAAUGCCAGUCAGCCUUUGAAUUGGUGGGAGAGCGAACAAUCACGUGUCAACAGAAUAACCAGUGGUCUGGCAACAAACCAAACUGUGUCUUCUCUUGCUUCUUCAAUUUCACCGCACCAUCUGGAGUGGUGCUCUCUCCAAACUACCCAGAGGAGUACGGAAACAACAUGAACUGUGUGUGGCUGAUCAUCACGGAGACUGAGAGCAGGAUCCACCUCAUUUUCAACGAUUUUGACGUGGAGCCCCAGUUUGACUACCUCACGGUCAAAGACGACGGCAUGGCAGAUUCCACCGUCCUGGGCACUUUCUCAGGCGACGACAUGCCCUCACAGCUGGCCAGCAAUGGGCAUGUCGCCCGCCUGGAGUUUCAGUCUGAUCACUCCACCACCGGCCGGGGCUUUAACAUCACUUACACAACUUUUGGACAAAAUGAAUGCCACGACCCUGGGAUUCCAGUGAACGGACGACGCUUUGGUGACAUUUUCCUGUUGGGAAGCUCUGUCUCCUUCCAUUGCGACGAAGGAUUUAUUAAAACACAGGGAUCGGAGGCCAUAACCUGUAUCAUGCAGGAGGGCAAUGUUAUCUGGAACUCCGCUGUCCCAAGAUGUGAAGCCCCUUGUGGUGGGCACUUGACAGCACCAAGUGGCAUCAUCUUGUCACCAGGAUGGCCCGGUUACUACAAGGAUUCGCUGAACUGUGAAUGGGUGAUUGAAGCGAGACCCCGGCAUACCAUCAAGAUAACCUUUGACAGGUUUCAGACAGAAGUUAAUUACGACACAUUAGAAGUCCGGGACGGAUCUGUGAAUUCAGCCCCUUUAAUAGGAGAAUACCAUGGAACUCAAGCGCCCCAGUUUCUAAUAAGCACUGGAAAUUUCAUGUAUCUCAUAUUCAUGACUGACAACAGCCGAUCAAGUGUGGGCUUUCAGAUUCGCUAUGAAAGUGUUACUUUGGAAUUAGAUUCAUGCCUGGAUCCAGGUAUUCCAGUAAAUGGACGGCGACAUGGAAACAACCUCUCGAUUGGGUCAACUGUGUCCUUUAGCUGCAGCCCAGGUUACACUCUGAGUGACGAUGAACCCCUGGUUUGUGAAAACAACCGCCAAUGGAACCACGCUUUACCAAGCUGUGAAGCUUUCUGUGGCGGCUACAUUCAUGGCAAAAGUGGAACCAUUCUGUCACCCGGAUUUCCUGACUUUUACCCGAACUCGUUAAACUGCACGUGGACAGUGGAAGUAUCUCACGGACAGGGGGUACAGUUGAUAUUUCACAAAUUUCACCUGGAGACUUCCCACGACUAUUUGAUCGUCACAGAAGAUGGGAGUUUCACAGAGCCAGUAGCACGUCUCACCGGCUCUGCCCUGCCCCCGACAAUCAACGCAGGUCUCUUUGGAAAUUAUACAGCACAACUUCGCUUCAUCUCAGAUUUCUCCGUGUCUUACGAAGGGUUCAACAUAACGUUUUCAGAAUAUGAUCUGGAGCCCUGUGAUGAUCCCGGUGUUCCUGCCUUCAGCAGAAGAAUAGGCUUUCAGUUUGAAGUUGGAGACUCACUCACAUUUUCCUGUUUUCCUGGAUACCGACUAGAAGGUGCCACUCAGAUUUCCUGUUACGGAGGAGGGCGGCGUGUGUGGAGUGCACCUCUUCCAAGGUGUGUGGCCGAAUGUGGAGCGUCUGUAACUGCACUGGAAGGCACUCUGCUGUCCCCUAAUUACCCAGCCAACUAUGAGAACAAUCAUGAAUGCAUCUACAGAAUUGAGACCCAGGCAGGAAAAGGAAUCAUCCUCCGAGCCAGGACCUUUCAACUCCAAGACGGUGAUGUAGUCAAGGUUUACGAUGGAAAAGACAAUUCCUUUCGUCGUCUUGGAGUUUUUACCAAAUCAGAAUUGCUUGGAGCAGUUUUAAACAGCACGUCAAACCAAAUGUGGUUAGAGUUUAACACAAACGGAACAGAUACUGACCAGGGAUUUCAGCUCACAUACAGCAGCUUUGACCUGGUCAAGUGUGAGGAUCCGGGAAUUCCGAAUUACGGCUACAAGAUCCGGGAUGAAGGACACUUUGCUGACACUGACAUCCAGUACAGCUGCAACCCAGGUUAUACUCUGCAUGGCAGCAGCACUCUCACCUGCUUGAGUGGGGACCGCAGAGUGUGGAAAAAUCCAUUGCCUUUGUGUAUAGCGGAGUGUGGAGGACACAUUAAAAGUGCCAUCGCCGGUAGGAUUUUGUCUCCUGGCUACCCAGUGCCGUAUGAUCACAACAUCCACUGUACUUGGAAAAUAGAGGCUGAUCCAGGAAAAACAAUCAGCCUUCAUUUCAUUGUCUUUGACACUGAAGCAUCUCAUGAUAUCCUGAAAGUGUGGGAUGGGCCGGUGGAGAGUGACAUGUUGCUAAAGGAGUGGAGCGGUUCCUCGUUGCCUGACGAUAUCUACAGCACGUUCAGUUCCAUCACGCUGCAGUUUGACACUGACUUCUUCAUCAGCAAGUCUGGCUUCUCCAUUCAGUUUUCAACCUCAACAGCGACCACUUGCAACGAUCCUGGAAUUCCACAGAAUGGGACUAGAAGUGGAGACAACAGAGAGCCUGGAGAUACGGUCAUAUUCCAGUGUGAUCCAGGCUAUCAGUUACAAGGAGCUGGUAAAAUUAUGUGCGUCCAGCUAGACAACAGAUUCUUCUGGCAGCCCGACCCUCCAACGUGUACAGCUGCCUGCGGUGGGAAUGUAACGGGCCCUGCGGGCGUUAUCCUAUCUCCAAACUUCCCUCAGCCCUAUCCUCAUGGGAAGGAAUGCGACUGGAGAAUUAAAGUGAAUCCCGACUACGUCAUAGCUUUGAUAUUCAAAAGUUUUAAUAUGGAGCCCAGCUAUGACUUUCUGCAUAUUUAUGAAGGGGAAGAUUCCAACAGCCCAUUAAUUGGCAGCUUUCAAGGAUCCCAGUCACCUGAGAGAAUCGAGAGCAGCGGUAAUAGCCUGUUCCUGGCCUUUCGCAGUGACGCCUCUGUCAGUAUGGCAGGAUUUGCAAUCGAGUAUAAAGAAAAACCACGGGAAGCUUGCUUUGACCCCGGCAAUAUAAUGAACGGCACCCGCAUCGGCAUGGACUUUAAACUUGGUUCCACCGUGACGUACGAGUGUGAUACAGGCUAUAAGAUAUCAAACUUUGCUACUAUCAUGUGCGUGAUGGGGAACGAAGGGAAGCCGGUAUGGAACAGAGAACUUCCUACCUGCAAUGCUCCAUGUGGAGGUCAGUACACUGGAACUCAAGGAGUGGUUCUGUCACCUAAUUACCCACACAACUAUACCACUGGCCAGACAUGUUUGUACUCCAUCACUGUGCCCAAAGAGUUUGUGGUGUUUGGACAGUUUGCGCAUUUCCAGACAGCGUUGAACGAUGUGGUUGAGUUGUUCGAUGGACGCAGUCAGCAAGCCAGACUUCUCAGCUCCCUCUCUGGAUCUCACUCAGGAGAAAGCCUACCUCUGGCCAAAUCAAAUCAAAUUUUGCUGAGAUUCAGUGCUAAGAGUGGAGCAUCAACCAGAGGUUUUCACUUUGUUUAUCAAGCUGUUCCUCGUACCAGUGCCACCCAGUGCACCUCAGUACCUGAGCCCAGAUACGGCAGGCGAAUAGGUUCCGAGUUUUCCGCAGGUUCUGUGAUUCGUUUUGAAUGCAGCCCAGGUUAUUACCUGCUGGGCUCAAAGGCUAUUCAGUGCCAGGCCGUGUUGAAUGGCCUAGCGCAAUGGAACGACACGAUACCAAACUGCAUAGUGCCCUGUAAUGCAAACCUGACAGAACGUAGAGGCACCAUCCUCUCCCCCGGCUACCCCGAACCAUAUGGUAACAGCCUGAACUGUGUGUGGAAAAUCACUGUAACCGAGGGAGCUGGUAUCCAGAUUCAAGUGAUAAGUUUCGCCACAGAACAUAACUGGGACUCCCUGGACAUUUACGAUGGAGGAGAUAUAACUGCACCGAGACUUGGGAGUUUCUCAGGUACCACUGUCCCAGCCUUAUUGAACAGCACAUCAAAUCAACUCUACUUGCAUUUCCAAUCGGACAUCAGUGUGGCAGCAGCUGGCUAUCACCUUGAAUAUAAAACUGUCGGCCUUACCACCUGCCCUGAACCGUUGAUUCCCAGCAAUGGUAUAAAGAUUGGAGACAAGUACUUGGUUAAUGAUGUGGUGUCCUUUGGCUGUGAACCUGGUUAUACACUGCAGGGCCAGGCCCACAUAUCAUGUAUGCCCGGAACUGUACGGCGCUGGAACUACCCACCUCCACUUUGCAUUGCCAGGUGUGGAGGAGUACUGACUGAUCUGAACAGUGUCGUCCUGAGCCCUGGAUUUCCAGGCAAUUAUCCAAGCAACCUGGAUUGUUCUUGGCAGAUUUUAUUACCCAUUGGAUACGGUGCUUACAUCCAGUUCCUGAACUUUUCCACGGAAGCCAAUCACGACUACUUGGAGAUUCGGAACGGGCAGCAUCACAUCAGUUCACUGAUUGGCCAGUUCAGUGGGGCCGACCUCCCGCCCACCUUGCUCAGCACCACCCAUGACACCAUCGUUCACUUCUACAGUGACCACUCGGAGAACAGAAAGGGAUUCAAACUGACCUACCAAGCCUACGAACUUAAAAACUGUCCUGACCCACACCCGUUUUACAACGGCUUUGUCGUCAACGCCGAUUACAGCGUAGGACAAUCUGUGUCAUUUGAAUGUUACCCUGGAUACAUUCUGAUCGGAGAACGCAUCCUCACCUGCCAUCACGGAAUCAACAGGAACUGGAACCACCCCUUCCCGAGAUGUGAAGCUCCCUGUGCCCUUAACAUAACAUCACAGAACGGUACCAUCUACUCCCCUGGAUAUCCCAACGAGUACCCGAAUUCCAAGGACUGUACCUGGCUGAUAACUGUGCCUUCAGGACAUGGGGUUUAUAUCAACUUCACCCUGCUGCAGACUGAACCAGUCAACGACUACAUUGCUGUCUGGGAUGGACCUGAUCAGAAUGCUCCUCAGUUAGGAGUGUUCAGUGGCAACACUGCAUUGGAAUCAGCUUACAGUUCCACCAAUCAAGUUCUCAUCAAGUUUCACAGUGACUUCUCCACAGCCGGAUUCUUUGUCCUCAAUUUUCACGCCUAUUGGCUCAAGAAGUGUCAGCUUCCACCCAUCAUUCCUUUUGCUGAAAUACUGACUGAGGAUGAAGAUUACGAAAUAGGUGAUAUUAUCAGGUACCAGUGUUUCCCUGGUUUCACACUGGUUGGAAAUGACCUGUUGACUUGCAGACUGAUGACUCAGCUGCAGUUUGAAGGAGCUCCUCCAAAAUGUGAAGCACAGUGUCCUGUCAACGAAAUUCGCACAGUCUCAUCUGGAGUGGUUUUAAGCCCAGGAUAUCCUGACAAUUAUCCCAACUUCCAAACCUGCUCCUGGACAGUUAAAGUGGAACCUCGCUACAAUAUUUCUUUUUAUGUGGAAAUGUUUCAAAGUGAAAAACAGUUUGAUGAGCUGGACAUUUUUGAUGGACCCACAGGCCAGAGCCCAUUGUUGGUUUCUCUCAGUGGAAACUACACAGGACCAAUGAAUUUCUCAAGCACGGGCAACCAACUGUAUCUGCGCUGGUCGACUGAUCAUGCCACCAGCAAAAAGGGAUUCAAAAUCCGAUACACAGCCUCCUAUUGCAGUUUGAACAGUAUCCCUUUGAACGGCGGUGUGCUGAACAAGACAGUGGGCUCACUUGGUAGCACUCUGCACUUUUACUGUAACCCGGGGUACAGAAUGGUUGGUAAGAGCAAUGCCACCUGCAGACGCUUUCGCAACGGCCUAUUCAAGUGGGAUUCCUCAGUGCCACUCUGCCAAGCACUAAGUUGUGGUGUUCCAGAGUCUCCUGGGAACGGCUCGGUGUUUGGCAGAGACUACACCGUGGAUAGCAGAGUCAGCUACCAGUGCAACCAGGGCUUUAACCUGGAGUCAGGUCAGCAAUCACGAGCAGUGUGCAGGCAAGACGGCACAUGGAGUAACAACGGCAAGACCCCACGCUGUAUACCUGUGACCUGCCCCACCCUUGAGACCUUCCUCUCGGAAAAUGUGGUCAGGCGACUGGUUCAUGGGUCAACAAACGAAUACGGAGCUCAAGUGAUGCUGAACUGCAAUCCUGGUUACCAUUUGAAGGGGCGCAAGGUGAUAGAGUGUGAGGUGGAUGGCGUGUGGAGCGGGGAAGAUGAAAAAGAAAGAUGCGAAAUUAUCGUGUGUGGAGAGCUUCCUUCCCCACCAAACGGCAACAAGAUCGGCACACUGAUCACAUAUGGGGCGACGGCAAUCUUUACCUGCAAUACCGGGUACACACUGGCGGGAUCUCACUUCCGAGAAUGCCAAGCAAAUGGGCUGUGGAGUGGAUCGGAAACCAGAUGCCUUGCUGGUCACUGUGGCUCUCCGGAUCCAAUCGUAAAUGGGCACAUCAGUGGAGAUGGUUUCAGCUAUCGGGACACCAUUGUCUAUCAGUGCAAUCCUGGUUUCCGGCUUGUUGGUUCCUCUGUAAGAAUUUGUCAACAGGAUCACAAGUGGUCAGGACAACCACCAGUCUGUGUUCCAAUCACAUGUGGCCACCCAGGAAACCCCACUUAUGGCAGAACCAAUGGCAGUCAGUUUAAUCUAAAUGAUGUUGUAAACUUCACCUGUAACAAGGGAUAUUUACUGCAAGGAGCAUUGAGAGCACAGUGCCGGGUGAAUGGUCAGUGGAGCAGCCAUUUGCCAACCUGUCGAGUUGUGAAUUGUUCAGAUCCUGGAUUUGUGGAAAAUGCUUUUCGGGAAGGUGAGCAGAGUUACUUGCAAAGCAUCAAGUUCGGAAGCAGUGUGGUGUAUCAGUGUAAAUGGAGCUUCUACCUGCUCGGCUCAGCCGUGCUCACCUGUCAAGCAAAUGGGCUGUGGGAUCGAUCUCUGCCAAAGUGCUUACCUAUUUCGUGUGGUCACCCAGGAGUUCCUAUCAAUGGAUUGCUGUCUGGAGACAAGUUUACCUUCGGUUCAAUUGUUCGAUACUUGUGUAAUGGAGGACGCACUCUGAUUGGGAAUAAGACUCGUGUUUGCCAAGAGGACAGCAGCUGGAGUGGUUCUCUCCCUCAUUGUUCAGGUGACAGUCCUGGCACAUGUGGUGACCCUGGCAUCCCAUCUCAUGGUUCAAGACUAGGCAACGAGUUCAAGACAAAAAAUCUCCUGCGCUUUACCUGUGAAGCUGGAUAUAAUCUGCAAGAAUCAUCUGAACGAACAUGCCAGUCCAAUGGCUCCUGGUCAGGGGUUCAACCAGUCUGCAAGGCUGUAUCGUGUGGGAAUCCAGGCUCUCCGACCAACGGGAGGAUAGUUUUCAGUGACGGCAUAGUGUUCUCCAGCUCUAUUUCGUACACUUGCUGGGAAGGUUAUAAAACAUCUGGUCUGAUUACACGGCACUGCACUGCUAAUGGAACCUGGACCGGCUCUGCUCCAGACUGCAAAGUGAUAAGCUGUGGCAACCCAGGUGCGUUGGCUAACGGUGUGCAGUUGGGAAGUGAUUUCACAUAUAAUAAGACAGUAAUAUAUCAGUGUAAUCCAGGGUACAUGAUGGAACCUGCUGGAUCAUCUACUCUACGUUGCACGAGAGACGAGUCCUGGAAUCUGCCCAAACCAGUCUGUAAAGUUAUUACCUGCAGGCGACCACCCCCCGUGCUUCAUGGCAAAGUGGAGGGAUCGGACUUCAAGUGGGCGUCUACCAUCAGCUACACUUGCUCGGAGGGAUAUCAGCUUUCCUUGCCUGCUGUUCUUACCUGUGAAGGAAAUGGCAUAUGGAGAGGAGAGGUCCCACAGUGUUUACCCAUGUUCUGUGGAGACCCAGGAACUCCGGUUGAAGGUCGAAUUGAAGGAAGAAGUUUCACGUACAACUCCAAGGUAUCAUUCCGCUGCAGACCCCCAUUCUUGCUAGUGGGAUCAUCUAGGAGAUUCUGCCAGAAAGAUGGAUCCUGGAGUGGAAUUCAGCCAACGUGCAUUGAUCCAAUACACACCAUAUGCACUGACCCAGGGACACCUCACUUUGGAAUGCAGAACAGCUCUCAAGGUUACCAGGUUGGAAGCACAGUAUUUUUUAAGUGCCGAAAGGGAUACCAUAUUCAAGGCUCCACCACCCGUUCUUGUCUGGCCAACUUAACAUGGAGCGGUAUGCAACCGGAAUGUCUUCCACACAACUGCAGACAGCCAGAAACUCCAGUCAGCGUGGACGUGAAAGCCAUUGAGCUGCCAACAUUGGGAUACACCUUAAUUUACACCUGCCACUCGGGAUUGUACCUGGCUGGAGGAUCGGAGCACCGGGCCUGCAAGAUUGACGGGAAAUGGUCGGGAAAACCACCUGUGUGCCGAGCUGGUCCCAAAAUAAAUGGCAGAUCAAAAGAUAGUGAUUCAGGAACGCAUAAAGUCAAGGCUCCAGUUCCUGCAGAUGUAUUUGCUCUGAACUUGAGUUGGAAGGGCUCCUAUGAAUAUCUCGGAAAGAAACAACCGGCAACUUUAAAAGUUGAUAGUUUUAAUAUUUCCAAUGGCAGAGUAAAUGUUACUUUUAUCGAACACAGUAGCAUGGAGCUAAAACUGUCAGGGAUUUAUAAGAAGGAAGAAAAUAGGCUUUAUUUAAAGAUCUAUCAGAUUAAAGGGCCUAUCGAGAUUUUCGUAAGCAAGUUCCGAAAUGACAAUUGGGCCUUGGAUGGUCAUGUAUCGGCAGAGCCUGAAGGCAGGACCUUCGUCUACCAAGGAUUCGUUCAAGGCAAAGACUUUCGGCAGUUCGACUUCCGGAGCGAAGGAGUGAAGUCGGGAAGUGGGAAGUCAGACAAAUCCAACCAUUAUUAUGGCACAAACAGCAGUUCUGUAGCAGCUGCUAUCUUAGUACCUUUCUUUGCUCUUAUCCUAUCAGGGUUCGCUUUUUACCUCUACAAACACAGAACAAGACCAAAAGUACAAUACAAUGGCUAUGUUGGCCAUGAGAACACAAAUGGACAGGCUUCAUUUGAGAAUCCGAUGUACGAUACUAACUUAAAACCCACUGAAGCGAAGGCUGUGCGAUUUGACACAACACUGAACACUGUGUGUACAGUAGUAUAG